AUUUAAUUCCCGAACACCUCCGAACUUCUUCACUUCACAGCUUUCAAGACCCCCAAUUGUCCCGCGAGCCAAAUCCUCCCUCACGUACUGCCUUGCACCGUCCUUUCGCUCUGCAGCUCUCGAAAGAGCCACCUAUACACCUGCAAACGCAAUGCCCGACCCGCGCGUCUUCAUAAUACGCCACGGCGAAACCGAAUGGUCCCUCAACGGCCGACACACAGGCACAACAGAGCUCCCGCUUACGCCCAACGGCGAGUCACGCAUCCGCGCCACGGGCAAAGCGCUCGUCGGCGCAGACCGCCUCAUUGUCCCCGGCAACCUCGCGCACAUCUACGUCUCGCCGCGACGCCGCGCGCAGCGCACCCUCGAACUGCUAGACCUCGGGUGCAGGGAACGAUACCCGUGGAAGGCGGACGCCGAGGAGAAGACGGACGAGGAGGUGCGCACGCACGCGCCGAUUGAGAUUGUGGAAGGGAUUCGGGAGUGGGAUUAUGGAGACUACGAAGGGCUGACGAGCAAGCGGAUACGAGAGCUGCGGAAGGAACAAGGGCUGCCCGAGGACUGGGACAUCUGGCGCGACGGGUGUCCCGGGGGCGAGUCGCCCUCGGACGUGACCCGCCGACUCGACGCCCUCAUAUCCGAUCUCCGCGCGCGCUUCCACGUCGGCAGGUUCGGGAGCGGCGCCGGGUGGAAGGGCGAGGAUAAGAGCGGACCGAACGAUGUGCUUAUUGUGGCACAUGGGCAUAUACUGAGGGCGUUUGCGGCGCGCUGGGUCGGCAAAGAAUUGAAGGAUAACCCGAGUUUGAUACUUGAGGCGGGCGGGGUGGGGACGCUGAGUUAUGAGCACCACAGGGUGGAGGAGCCGGCGAUUUUGCUGGGGGGUGCAUUUGUGGUGGAUGUGGUGGAAAAGGAGGAGGAGAGGAGGAAGACGUAGGGACGGACUGGAGGAGAAUGGGGUGCUAGAUAGAGAUGAGGAUGGAGAAGGCCGUGGCAUGCGCGUGGGUGUGGUAGUGGACAACUAAUAAUGUAUAUACAGGUGAAAGUAGGCACUGAAUGGGUAUGCCAAUCCUUGCUGGACAAUUGCAACUCACUGCCCCUUCCACAC